AUGAAUAGUCCUUUCACAUCAUACAAAGACACAAUCCAGGCAGGUGAUCUAGUGUUAAUUUGGAUUUCUCGUGACAAUAUUAAACCAAUAACCAUAACGCCCAAUGAAAAUUUUAAUACAAGAUAUGGUAUUUUCCCACAUAAUGAUAUAAUUGGCAAACCGUAUGGCUCACAAAUAGCAACUAAAACUUCAAAUAACAAAUUUGGUUUUAUCCAUAUCUUACAACCUACUCCAGAACUGUGGACCUUAUCUCUUCCACAUAGAACCCAAAUAGUUUAUACAUUUGAUGCAAGUUAUAUCCUGGGCAGAUUAGACUGCGGCCCUACUACUAGGGUUUUAGAAGCUGGUACUGGUAGUGCUAGUUUAUCCCAUUCUUUUGCUAGAUCUGUUGGUAAAUUGUUCACUUAUGAGUUCCAUCAAGUUAGAUAUGAGCAAGCUUUACAAGAAUUCAAAGAACAUGGUCUAAUUGCUACAAAUGAAAAAAAUGUUAAUAACAGUACUAAUAGUAGUAGGGUUGUUAUUACUCAUAGGGAUGUUUGUAAAAAUGGAUUUCAAAUUAAUCCAUUAGAAGAUACAACUAGUUUAAAUGAACAAUCGUUACCUUCCCUAAAUUUAAAUGCUGAUUGCGUUUUCUUAGAUUUGCCUGCUCCGUGGGAGGCAAUUCAUCAUUUAGAUGCACCAGGUGUCUUAAAUAACCAUGAACAAGUUAAUAUCUGCUGUUUUAGUCCAUGUAUAGAACAAGUUGAUAAGACUAUUGAAGCUUUGGAAAAGUAUGGUUGGACUGACAUAGAAAUGGUAGAAAUACAAGGUAAACAGUUUGAAAGUAGAAGACAAAUGGUCCGUAAAUUAGAUGAUGCUUUAGAACGUUUAAGAGAUCUUAAGCGAAGAAAACAAGAGGGUGCAGAAAGGCGCAAGCGGUUAAAUGAAAAGUUGGCAUCAAAUGGUAUUGCUACUACAAGUACAUCAACAUCGACAAAGGAAAUUGAUGUUGAAAAAAGACCAUAUACCAGUAAAAUCGAAUUUAACCCAUUUGGUAAAGGUUUCAGGAUAAAAGAAGGAGAUCCAAACUAUCAAUGGAAACAAGUUUCUAAAAUUGAAUCUGAAAUUAAGUCCCAUACCUCCUAUUUGACUUUUGCUCAUAAAAUAUUCCCUGAAUAUAAUAUUAGAGACGAACAACUUGUAACUAAUUUGAUUACAGAGGCCACUAACGAACUAAACACUCUAGGUGAAAAAAUAAGUAAAAGAGGGAUAAAAAAACAGCAGCAGCAACGAAGAGAUGAAAAGGUGGAAUCAAAAAAAGAAAACACUGUUGCUGUUCAAGAACAAAAUGAUUAA